CCGCAACAGAGCCACCCUAGCCCCAGCCGAGGCGACUCCCGUACCUGCACGUCUCCCCUCCCCUCCCCGGUGGUUGGAGCCAUUAUAGAGGGCGAGGAGCAUCAUCAUCUCCUACAGUCCCAAGAUCCCAACCCCAUCUCCAGCCUGCCCCCUCCCCCAGUCCCCAAAUCCGUAGUCCCGCGCGCCGCGAUGGAGGCGAGCAAGCUCAAGGCGGCCAGGCUCCUGGAGCAGAUGAGCGCCCACCUCGCCACCGACGCCGGCAAGGAGAUCGCCAACAAGGUCGGCUUCGUCUACCAGCUCAACAUCUCGCCCAAGAAGAUGGGCGUGGACGAGGAGAUCUUCGUCGUGGACCUCAAGAAGGGCGCCGUCUCCACAGGGAAGUACGAGGGGACGCCGGACGCGGCCUUCACCUUCACCGACGACGACUUCCUCGCCAUCGCCAGCGGCAAGCUGAACCCGCAGAUGGCGUUUAUAAGGGGCAAGCUGAAGAUCAAGGGGAGCAUCAGCGCCGCGCAGAAGUUCACGCCGGACAUCUUCCCCAAGCCGUCCAAGUUGUAGAACGCCGGAUUGCCGUGCCUUGCCCCAGUGAUCGGUUAAUAAAAGAGUCAGUUAUGCUCGCGAUGGCAAUUUGGUGUGACCAGAGUGUAAGAGAGUUUGUUUACCUAGAACCACCACAAGAACAACAGAAGUUUCAGUGUCUGGAGUGAAAUUCGUUUUCUUUGGUUGAGAAGGAGACCACUAGGUACGAACGAUGUGUACUGUGGCGAUGAUGAUAGGCUUUCUCGAUGGCUCACCGUUUACUGUUA